AUGUAUAUGAUGUUGCGUGUGACCGGUUUAGCGGCUAUAGCUACGAUAGCCCAGGCCCACUUCACGUUUGUGCGCAUCUCCGUGAACGGGGAAUGGCAAGAGCCAACACGGUUCAUUCGUAACAAGACCACACCGUUUGAGGAGCCGUACACGCCCAACACAAACUACAACACGCGCAUGUACAAUGACCCGACCUACGCGACAGAUAUCUCGGAGUCGACGCGUUGCGGCCGGGACAACAUGGCCCACGCAGGGGAUACUGAGGUCCUAACCAUUCGUGCGGGCGAUACCAUCGAGUUCGCGCAUCAAAGAUACGAGCCGGCUUUGUGGACGGACGCUAUGUGGUACAACUGCACCGACGGACGGGGUAGUUGCAACCCAAACCAGGUCAAUGGCAUAAUGGAUAUCAAUCACCAAGGGCCCGUUAUCGCACAUUUGUCGAGAGUACCCGACGGGGUCGAUGUGAAGGAGUACGACGGCUCGGGAGAGUGGGUCAAGAUCUACACCCUAGGCAUGGAGUGGUGGGCGAACCAGACAAAUCCGGUUCACUGGCUUGCCUAUAAUGACCAGAAGUGGCCCGAGAAGUUCAUUUUCAAGGUCCCGGCUCAGACACCAGCUGGGCAGUAUCUGUUGCGUAUAGACGAGGUUAAUACUGGUCUCGAAGAGCACAACGAAGUCUUCAACUCCUCUUCACCAGGACAGUUAUAUCCUAGCUGUGCGCAGAUCCAGAUUGAAAGCGGCUUUGGUGGAAACGUGCCGGAGGGGAUCAAGAUCCCCGAGGCGUUUUCACAUGCAUCGCCAGGAAUGGCCAUCACACUCGCCAUGUAUAGGGACACGGACGUUGAUGCCGCAUAUGUCUAUCCCGGUGGUCCUCUAUGGGAUGGAGAGAAUUUGGUACAAGACAGACCCACCGUUGUGGAUGCAUCACGGUCAAAAUAG